AAGCCACAGCAUAAGUCAACGUAAACACCAGCAUCACCCAGAGGAGGAGCUGGGUGACGGGCUGGAACGCUCAGUGGAUUAUCAUAAAGAACUGGAACUAGCUGAAAACAUGGCUGUUCGUAAGAAGUGCCCCUGGUCUGCCAGGGUCGCGGUAACCUUACUGUGGAUAUGGACGCUGGAAUGUGGCUGUGACACACAAACAGAGGAAGUGGAGCUUUUCCAUUCACAGAAACAGGCCAUACAGGGAUGGAAGUCUGACCCGUCCACAGAGUGGAACACAGUUAAGCUGAAUCUGGGUACAGGCAGUUCAGUCCCUGUACUUCAAGCCUGUAAAUCAAGAAGACGCAGGAGGUUUUUAAGCCCGUGGAUGGAGCGUCAAGGAGCCCGCCAUGUGCUGAUGGACAUCGUGUUUGCCCUGGAAGAGGAACUCUCGGGUCAGAGCAGCCCACUGCAAGUUGACCUCGUGGAGUCCGACACACCCCUCACAAGGUUCCAGAGUAGCGUCGCAGACGUAGAGCUCCGGACCACCAGCCCGUUCCCCGCUGACCUGAGCCACCUCUCCAGAUACCUGCAGCGCCGGGCUCUGGACCUGGGCUCAGUGAGCCACAGAGGCUUCCACAUCGCGUUCUCCUACGCAGGAACAUGCGCCGUGAUCACCUCUGUCAGGCUCUACUACAGGAGGUGCUCAGAGACGGUGGCGAACCUGGCCCUGUUUGUAGGCACAGGAGCCGGGUCCGGGCCUCAGGCCGGUUCCUGUGUGAAGGGAGCGGUGGAGGUGUCCCCGCCUGUUAGAGAGUGUGGUUUAGACGGCACAUGGGGUCCACUGCAGGGGGCGUGCACCUGCGAGACCGGCCAUGAGGUGGUGAACGACAGCUGCCGAGCAUGCAGGAUGAGCUUCUACAAACCAGCCAAUGACAGUGAAGGAUGUCGACCCUGCCCAGCAAAUUCCAGGACGCACAGGGAGGGGUCGGAGCGUUGUGACUGUCUGCAGGGCUUCAGCCGCCUGCCGACGGACCCCCGCGAGCUCGGCUGCACCAAGCCGCCCUCUGCCCCCGUGAAUCUGACUGCUCACCACUAUAAUGACUCAGAGCUGAAGGUGACGUGGGACCCUCCUCAUGACUGGGGGGGCAGAAAGGAAAUAAUGUAUGACGUCGAGUGUGAGAGAAAAGCAGAAGCUGGACAUCACUGGGAGUCUUGUGGGGAGGAUGUGAUGUUCCUUCCAAACUCAUCGGGUCUGACGAACACAUCAGUCACCGUAUUGGGACUGAAGCCACAGUGGGACUACAGGCUGUCACUGCAAGCCUGGAAUGAUGUAUCCAGCCUGCUGAGGAUGCUGCCUCCAUCCACCGCCACUGUCACUAUUCAGAGAUGGAAAAUUGCUCCUGAGGUGGUCACUGUGACCCCAGACGUGAACGUGUCAGAGCAUGACACUGCUUCGAUGAAGCCAGUGUCUCACCAGCAGAGUCGCUUCUCCGCGUGGCUCAUAGUGGGGGUUCUGUUUGGGAUCCUGCUGCUCGUGGCUGUGAUUCCCAUCGCUCUGUGCACCCUGGGACGGAACUAUAAGGAACUCCGGUCUGACCAAACAACUGAGCUUUUGCCCAGGUACCCUGUGGUUUUCUACCGACGUCCUGAGGUGGUGGAGGUCGUACCCCAGCAGGAAAACACCGUGGAGGGAGCGGCCCAGUUGUUCGAGGAGAUCAGCCCUCAGCUGCUGGACAGUCUGAAGGAUGUGCUGGUAGAGAGAAACCAGUUGACCCUGGGCAAGGAGCUCGGCAAAGGCGAGUUUGGCUCUGUUUACGAGGGCGUGUUCACGCCAGUCGGAGGUAUGGACGUCAAAGUGGCGGUGAAGACAAUGAGGGUUGGAAUGAACUGCCGGAAAGACCUGCAAGAGUUUCUGAGAGAGGCGGAGAUGAUGAAGAACUUUGAUCAUGAAAACGUGGUCAGACUUCUUGGCGUCACGUUACAUAGAGAGCCGGACUCCCCUCUGCCCAUUCCUCUCGUCCUUCUUCCCUACAUGAAGCACGGAGACCUGCGGCGCUUCCUCAUCGCCACGCGCUACGGCGACAUUCCCAUGUUUGUGCCCCAUCAGAGCCUCCUCCGCUUCAUGAUCGACAUCGCUGCAGGCAUGGACUACCUGGGCUCCAAAGGGUUUCUGCACAGGGACCUGGCUGCACGCAACUGCAUGCUGGGUGAUGACCUCAGGGUGUCUGUGGCUGACUUUGGCCUGUCCAAGAAAAUCUACAGCAAUUGUUACCAACAGAAAGUAACGAUCCGCGUGCCAAUCAAGUGGAUGGCCAUCGAGAGCCUGUCCGAGUCUCUUUACACCACCAAGAGUGACGUGUGGGCAUUUGGGGUGACCAUGUGGGAAAUCGUGUCCCGGGGGAGGACUCCUUAUCCUGGAGUUCAUAAUCAUGAGCUGCUCGAUCUGCUGCUGUCAGGACAUCGGCUCAAACAACCCGAGGACUGUGACCACAGACUUUACCGAGUCAUGCACAGUUGCUGGGAUCAGGAGCCAAACAGGAGGCCCAGCUUCAGCGAAGUGGGCGAGACGCUGAAAGGUCUUCUGUCAGAGCUUCCGGCGCUGGAGGCCAGUCAGGAGGCCAACUACAUCAACCAGGGUCUGGAGAUUGCUGCUGCUGCAGCUGCAUCUCUAGGGACACAGACAGACGAUGAGGGGAGGCAUAGAAACGUGUACCUGCAAAACCCUGUCGGUGCUGCUGCUGCUGCUGCACUCAGAGAGGACUAUGAAAUUGAAGAUGGCUACCUUAAGUAUACUACUGACUUAGCAUGAGUCAAAUGACAAUGACUGAAAAAGUGAUCGAAUGUCCGACUGCUGUCUGCUGUAAGGUAGGCUUAUAAUGUGUGUGUGUGUGUGUGUGUGUGUGUGUGUGUGUGUGUGUGUGUGUGUGUGUGUGUGUGUGUGUGUGUGUGUGUGUGUGUGUGUGCCAUCUAUCAUCCAAUAAUAAUACUAAAUCUACUAUACUACUACUAGUAGUAUUCAGUCAAAAAUACACAAUGAUGAAGUAAAUAAAAAUAAGAACCCUGAAAUUUGGUAACAUUAUCAUCAGGCUUCUGGGUACGCCGGGUACUAGGUGCUCUACUGUGUUCCUAAAAAUAGUUUGAACAUGUGUAAAUAAAUAAGUCCUAAAUUCAUCACCAAGCCAGAGGUCAUGUGGACACACAGGUGCAGUGAUGAAUAAACUUUAUUUAGAAUGGUCAACAGGCUAUUAAUGCCAAGGUUAAUACAGUAUCUAGAUUUCUGUAUUACAUUCAAAUUGUAUUGUUAUUUUUUAUGUUUAUUUUGUAAUUUUUUUUCAUGAAACAAGAACGUAACUCAUGAAGAUUUUUCAUGUGUUGAUGUGGUGUUAUGUUUUAAGGGACAAUGAAGUAAUAUUUAAUAAAGAAAUCUAUUUUGCAAAUA